AUGAGAUGGGCUGGCUUGUUCUCCAUCCGUGCCCCGUCUUUCACCCCGGCAGCAGCAUGCACCCUAAUGAGACACCCAUCCACACCCCUGGUCCCCAUCGUCUCGUUUCGCUCGCUAUGGAUCAGCUCUGCCGCACCCCGUGCCGUCGCCAAAGUAAAAGAAAAGGAACGGAAGGGUAAAAGAGUACGUACUUUCCGAGGGUUAGGUGAGUUUGCGAGAGUGAUGGAACCUAUUCUCGCAGCCUCCCAACUUCCCUCUCACCUUCUUUUCCAAUUCCCCAACUUCGCCCUGAGCUACAACGGGGGCGCUUCGAUCCAUCGCUGUCGGGUCUCGCAUCCCUUCUUUACUCACAAAACAUCAUCAUUGUCUUGUCUUGAGCGCUUUCUGCGCCCUUGCCCCAUCACCCUCAUCAUCAUCCUCUUCUUGUUUGGCUUUUCUGUAGCUUUUUGCCGUGUCGCCGCUCCAGACUUUCUCGCCCAGCCUCCCGUUGACCGGUUGCACGUCGAACCUCAAUCCGUUCGAUUCGUCGCAACAACUGAGCCCGCGCCCUUGGAAGCCGCGAGCUGUUCCUCAACCACCACAGACAAGACCAAAGACUGUAUGGCCUCGCGCUUUUAG